CGGUGUCGAUAGUUUGUAAAGCAGCAGAGAUGGUGUCUUUGAAGACAUCUGCCGUUUGAGAGGCCAAACUACCCAGAUUAGUUCCUCUUUAUCUUCAUUCAGGGGUUCCAACACGUUCAUAUUUCCAGAUUUCUGUUUAUUCGGUUAAUUGUAUAUCCGUGUACUGGCUAUUACAUAGUUCUCCAAUAAUGGAGUGUUCAUAUUCAUAUUUCGAUAAAAUUAUGAUGGUUGAUGGUUUUGAUUAGAGAAGAUUAGUCUCAUGAGACAACAAGGUCGAAAAGGAGAUCUUUGACGAUUAGCAACUAGCAAAUUUGUAUAAAGAACCGAGCGGAAUUUCUGGAUUAUGAAUAAGUGUUAUUGUUAGAGAUAGGAAAAGCAGAAUUCAAGGCCAUGUAAGAUGACUGCCAUUCUGCCAACUACGACUUUUCAUGCUUUUGGGAUGGAGGACCAGUGUUUGGAUGAUAGCUUUUUCACGGAUGGAUGGGAAAACGCUAGCGACGAUUUUGCGUUUCUCUGUAGUAAUCUUGUAGAACAAGACGCAUUUCCCGCCAAAGAUAAAAUCCCAAGAGGAAUCAAGCGUACAAGAGAUGAUAAUGAAGUUGUACAAAACCCACAACAAGUGACCGAUACAUGCUCCCCUACCGCAACAAGGAGUAACUAUUUAAACGGUUCGACAGAUUCUCAACGACAAGGAAGAUUUCUAAUACAAGUGUCGUUCGAAAAACUACGUCGCGUGGAGGAUCCGGAAUCUUCACUCCGGCGCUCGGUUUUGAUAAAUAAUACUUUGAAACUUGUUCAUCGCGAAGUCUAUGGAGUUAAAAGCCCUUUUGGAUUAACAAGUGCAAUGACAAUGAACGUAGACUCUCAAAUCAUGGGGAACUCUCCUAUGAAUCUUCAACCUUCGCGGAAAAGAGCAAAACAUUUUUUAAAUGAAGUGAAUAGAAAUUCGUGUUUUUGUAGGCGGAAAGCGAGCGAGGAGGAAGGCACAAUAACGCCUGAAGAAAAAAAUUGUGAACGGUGUACACUAGCUCAAGUCUUGAACGAGGAUCUUGAAGACGAUGUUUUUCAAAAUGACAAUAUACAUUUGGAGAAAGAGUCUUCGAUUUUUAGUGAAUUGGACAGUGUUUUUCAUAGCUUUGUAUGCGCCUUGGAAUCAUAGACGUCUGGAUGGACACACAGCUAAUACAUGGAGAGACAUUCAAAAUACAAAUAGCGUGACCAAACGAUCCCAUGCAUCUACAGAUUUAUAGGAAUUAUUAUGGGUUCAGGAACAUCACGAAAGAGAAUUAACAGAUCUAUAGUGCUUUUGUAAGUACACUUCAACAGGAGUACAACUUCAAUCUUUUUCUCUGGCGUUUUACAGAAUAUCUUGUUAGAAAAAUUGUCAAUUGAACCUUGAACACUGGAAAAAUGCAAAUUUUUUUUGUCGUAUUAAAUUCUCAAUUAUCUUUAGAAGUGAUUCAGGAUCACAGAAUCACUGAGAGUGAAUUAUUUUAGAUGCAAAUUGAGGUCGUAUCAACUUGGAACAUGAGGUUAAAUUCUCCCAUUUAUGAUCAUUGUUUUUUUWAAAUUUUGUUUUACUAUUCAUCAAAGAUUUUAAACAAUUUUUUUCCAGACAUAUUUUGGAAUGCUAAUGGAAUGAUUUCUGUCUUCCUGACUUCAGCCCAUCCCUUCCUUUUCUGUUCUAUCUCAAAUCCAAACUAAAAAAAAAUUGCUAGAAAUCUGAUUUGCUUGACUAAUUCAAUUUUAGGGAGUUGAUUUUUAUGGUUACUAUGGUGAACUAUAGAAGUAACUUCAUUUGUUUAUAAAUAGUUAAAAAAUAAAUUAUCUUGUAUUUUUGGACAAUAUAAAUGAUGAUAAUAUAGCUCUCAUUGUUCUUCACCAGUCAAUUCUUCCAACUAACUAAUAAUUUAUUGGUUAUUAAUAUUUUCAGGAAUUGAGUAAAAUGAACUUAGUACUUAUAGGUUUUUUUAAUGCAGUCCUGGGGGUAUUUUCGAAAUAUUAUAUCUAGAUUAUUAUUCAUGGACAGUCUGAGAAUACAGAAUGCUUAACCUUGAUACUAAAAACAUUUUCAGAAGAUUUCAUGAAUUUUUAAUUUUGUUAAGACAUGAAAGAUAGAGUUUUAAAUUGAUCUUGGGAUCUAAGGAAAAAAUAUUUUAGCUAUUUUCAGUUACAGCAUAGACAUGGCUUUUUAGCACUUGAAUGGCUUCCAGUUUUGUCUUUUAAAAACAUCACUGUAGCCAAUCAGAUUCGAGAACACCAUUAAAUUUGAAGAACUUUUAGUUUUUUAUGCUGUGGAAGUUAAAACAGACAAUAUAGCUUGAUCAACAAAAUGAAGUGGCUUCCCAGUUUUUAAAAGCCUUAAAUUAGCCAAUCAGAUUGGAGAAUAUAUAUCAGGAAUGGAAAUUAUAGGAUAUUCAUGGUAUGAUUAAACACUGAAAUGGCUUCCAAUUUUAUAAAAGCAUCAAAUUAGCCAUUUUAAUUGAAGGAUAGGUAUAAAAUUGUGUUUUCAUAUGCAAUGAAAAUUGCAGCAGAAUCAUGACUUCAUCUAACACUGAAAUGGCUUUCCACUUUGUAAAACCAUAAAAUAGCCAGUUGAAUUGGAGAAUAGGCAUAAAAUAGUGUUUCAUAUGCAAUGAAACUUACAGCACAAAUACAGCUUGAUUUACACUGAAGUGACUUGCCAUUUUGUAAUGAGAUAAAACUGUUUCAGGGUUUGAUAAAAUUAACGUUUGCAUGGUUAUAUAACAUAUACAUAUAAUCAUCUCUAAUGUAUUCUCUUAAGUCUCUACUUACCCCUUGGUAAUCUAAUCAAUCAGUAUAUGCAUUUUGGUGUUGUGUAUUUCCAGAAUUUAUCCAUACCCCUCUCCUCCACAGAGGAAUUUCUUUAAAGGCCCCCCUAACCCCAGAAAUUUCAAUUUUCUUCCAUACAAACUUUGUAAUUUUGUUCUUUCUCUGCCCCCACCCCUAGGAAAUUCCAAAUUCCUUUGUGGGGUGGGAAAGGGGAGGGGGUAUUGAUAAUUUCUGGAACUACACAUUCCCCUUAAAAUCUUAUCAAACCAUGACCAUCUCUGGGCUGAUUCAAGUCAGGGUGCUAUAUAUGAUCAAAGUUUAGAGAGAAAUCAAAAAUCUAACAGUAAUUACAAAUUAUUUUGGAUAUAUUAUGCCAAAAAAACUUAUAUACUUAUAUAUACAUCUAUAAUAUAGAUAGACAUGUAUUAGAUACAGAUUCUAUUUACAUUUGUAAUACUAUGAUAUUUAUGUACUCUAUAUGUGAGAUAUUAAAAUGCAUUAACAGAUUUGUGCAUUU